UUAUUUCGCUGCCAGCCACUGCUGUGCUGCAUUUAGUCUAACAUGAGACAGUCAAGGGUGCACAUCCAAGUUUUCACACAAUAAAGGUGCUGAAAAGGACCAAACACCAAAAAGGAUCCCAUCAAGCCAGCAAAGGAAAAAACAUAACUCCAUGUUCAAGACCAGCUACAUGCGUGAAGUGCGCAAGGAGAAGUAUGAGCGCUCAGACGUCUUUGAAGACGAACCUGAAGACUCUGAAUCAGCUGCAGGUAUGUCAGCCAUCCAGGGCUGGGAGAGUCUUCAGGAGCUCAACAGCCGCUUCGCCCGCUACAUCAACAGGGCGCGAGUGCUGGAGCAACGCAACGCUGUUUUCCGCAAGCAGCUGGAGACGCUGCAGCGCAUGGAAGACUCCAGCGGCCUCGAGGAGGCCUUCACAGAGCAGAUCGAAGUCAACAGGCAGCGCAUCCGAGAGCUCUCCUCUGAACACGCUAAGCUGGAGCGAGAGCUGAGUGACGCCUGUCGCAUGUUGGAUGAAUUCACCAGCAAAUACAGAGAUGAAUGUGCAUAUCAAGAAGAGCUGCGAGGAAAGCUGGAGCAGCUAAACAAGGAGGCUGACAGUGCUCUACUGAGAAACCUGGAGUACCAGAUUGGGUCACAGUUCCUGAAGGAUGACAUCAACGCCACCAGAGAGAGAAACAAGAAGAACCUUGCAGAGAUCCAGACCUAUGCAAACAUUUUGCAGCAAAUCAACCAAACACUUCCCCUUGUUCCAAACAUGUCACUGGGAAUCUCAGAGGAGGAGGAAAAGCUGCUGGCCCAGAGGACAGUGCCAGAGCUACGCUGCCAGCUGGAGGAAUUCAAGACUGCCCUCUGUCAGCUGCAAUCCCAGAAACAACGCCUGCAGACUGACACUACAAUGCUGGAGCAAGCCAUCAAAAGCACACAGGCGACUUAUGAUGACGAGAUCCAGAUGUACAAUGAGCAAAUCGAAUCUCUGCGGAAGGAGAUUGAGGAGGCUGAGAAGUCCUUGGAGAAGUACAACGACGAGUGCCGUCAUCUGGCCAUGUACCAGACGUCCCUGGAGAAUGAACUGGAGAGGUACAAGAGGAUCAUUGAGAAUGAAGACAACAGGUUGAAUUCAGCAAUAAUUGGAACUCCGAUUACCCUCUUCACCAGUAAUUACCGUUGCACCCACACAUCCUCUGCUACAAGCAGGCCUAAAGAUAUCACCCAGGCUAUUCAAGACAUCACUAGCAUCAAGCCUCGCCAGAAGAUCCUUACUAAGAAGAUCCUGAAGAAGAAAGAGAUAACACCCAAAGAUGUGAUGGACAGCAACCAGGAGGAAAAAAUUAGAGGAGCUCCUGGAGAGGCUCCAGAUGAAGAAGCAAAGGAAAACUCAAUGGAGAUGAUUCAGGAGGACAUGGUGAAGAGAACAGAGCACAUACCUAUGUACAAUAGAGGGUAUCCACAGGAUGUCCCAGACGGAGCACAGAUCAGCAAGGCCUUUGACACACUUUGCAACAUAGUCAGAGAUCGCAUGAGGAAAUACAAGAAACCUGAGCCAAUUGCUGACUUCUACACAAAGGGUCGUUAUGUCCUCGUCACUGGGGACGGCAGCUACCCCGACCCGUGCUUCUAUACUUCCACACCUUCAGCUGGCCACAUUUUUGUCACUAUUAGAGAUGGGCUGAUGCCUCCUUAUGAAACUUAUGGACGUAGCACACCCUCCCCUCCAUUUCCUCUGCCAAAGCAAGACCCAAAGCCUGUCAGUCCCACCCUGCCUUCUAAUGGGGGAGGAGAAAAGGAUGACAAAAUGGGAGGAAGAGGAAAGGAGAAUGGAGGUGGAAAAAGACACGAGAGUGGAGCAUCUGAAAGUCACUACAAAACUCCAAGUCCAAUUCCUCCAGCCUCUGAUUCAAGUCCCAAAGACCCCACUCCAGCUGCUGGACAUCCUUCUGGUCCCAAGAAAAAGAAGGAUGACAAGGACCCAGGUGGUUUCACUCCAGUGCCCGUGCACCGUGAUUUCAGCACCACUUCCACUUCCAGCUCCAGCAGCUUUAUGGUGGAGUCUGUGGAAAAGUUCUCCAAUGAUCGCAAAGUUAAAGGUUAUGAGGAAACAUCCAUGGUAGUGGAGACCAUGAUCGAGAAGUCCAGCAAGAAAAAACAUUGAUGCCGCAUGAACUAACUUCAAAACGUGGUUAACUUGACCAGUGGGUCACUUAAU